AUCAGCCCAUUACUCUAUGUUUUGUUCCCUAAAGCAGAGCCCAAGCCCAGCCCACUACAUUAGGGUUUCACUCUCCCUCUCUUCUGUCUCUGCACAUGGUUUCACUCGGUGAUGCAAAAGAAAAAUCCAGUCUUUUUCUGCUACACUCAACAAUUGAGAACAACCUUGUUUGGAGAUUUCAACACUCAAACCCCUAAAAGAAAAAAAACACAGUAGCUGAGAGCUUUAAUGGCUUAUUCUAGAGGGAGGGAUUUCAUGUUCUGCGAUUUGUGUGGAACAAUGCUAGUUAUGAAAUCAGCUAGGUAUGCCGAAUGUCCCUCUUGUCAGUUUAGGCGAAAAGCCAAAGAUAUUCUUGGAAGAGAAAUAUCUUACACUGUCACUGCUGAGGACAUUAAAAGGGAGCUAGGGAUAUCACAAAUUAGUGAGGAGAAAGUCGAGCUAUCGAAAAUCAAGAAGAAAUGUGAAAAAUGUGGUAACGAUGAAGCUUCGUAUUAUACCAGACAGAUGAGAUCAGCCGAUGAAGGGCAAACUACAUUUUACACAUGUACCAAAUGUCUUCAUCAGUUUCAGGACAAUUGAAUCAUGUUUUUGGUAGUAAGAUUGAUACCCGAAAAUUGAAGAUUGAGAUUAGGGUUUAGGCUUAGUUUUUAGGUCAUUUGGCCACUUUUGUUUGAAUGGAAAAGAUGGUAUCUGUUUUGGAUAGGAAGGGGGGCAUAUUUUGAUCUUGUAAAUCAAAAUAUAUCUUAUUCUUUCAAUUUUGAUCUCUCAUGCUCAUUCUAUGCAAGUGUUUUACCUAAUUUCAAGGAAAUUUUCUAUACAAUUAAGUUACAUUGAAGAAAAACAUGACCCAGUUUCUAUUGUAAGGGCACAAAUGAAUCACUUGAGACAAUUGCCCAUGUUUUCAUACUAUUGAGGAUCUUGACAUAACUUAUAAUUUUUGAUAGUUAGUUAUUUUACAAGUAAUUUUAUUAAA